AUGUCUACAAUCAUCAGGCCAAUCACUCUCUACAGCCAUCCAACGGGUCCAAAUCCUUGGAAGGUGGCCAUCAUACUUGAAGAACUCGACCUACCCUAUAGCACCGUUGUUGUGGGAAAGACCGAACUGAAAGAACUUGCGUAUGAGAAAAUCAACAUCAAUGGACGUGCGCCUGCCAUUCAGGACCCGAACACGAAUAUUACUCUCUGGGAAUCAGGCGCUAUAAUUGAAUAUCUGAUAGACACAUACGAUAAACAACAAAAGUUGAGCUUUCUUCCAGGGAGUAGGGAAAGCUACCUUACUAAACAAUGGCUCUACUUUCAAGUGUCUGGGCAAGGGCCAUAUUUCGGGCAAGCAAUGUGGUUCAUGCUCUUUCAUCCCGAAAAGCUACCAAGCGCUCAAGAGCGUUACCGGAAUGAAAUAUUUCGCGUCUCUAAUGUCCUUGACAAGGCUCUGGAAGGAAGAGACUGGCUGAUUGGGUCAAAAUACACCUACGCAGAUGCUGCAUUUCUCAUGUGGUAUGAGUCUGUACUGCCCAAAAUCUUUGCCGGUGUGCUCGAUCUCGCCAAAGAGUACCCGAACUUGGACAGCUGGUUGAACAGAAUAAGGCGUCGCCGUGCAGUAGCAAAAGUACUGAAAGAUAAAGCUACGAGAGCAACAGCAAACAAGUAG